AUGUCUGCUAUCCAAGGCCAAAUCGAUCGGGGCGCCGUGCCCAACCAUGUGUCCAAUGUCUGCCCAAAAGGGACCAAAUUUCACAUCCUCGAGGUAGGCUGGCUCGAGUGUGAUGAAGCUUUCGUGGUUCGUGGCGGCAACACUAGCCUGAAGAGCACCGAGAAUAAGUCCUUUGUCAACAAACGGAGGGAGCUGCCUGUGUUCUGUAUCCUUAUCGAACACCCGCACGAGGGUCUCAUCCUGUGGGAGACGGGUUGUGGCAAGGAUUACCCCGAGAUCUGGGGCCCUGUGGUGUCUGACGUGUUUUCUCGGGUGCGUUAUGACCCUGAACAUGAGCUGAAGGCUGCGGUCGAGGCCACGGGAAACAAGCUCGAGGAUAUCAAGAAAAUCAUCAUCGGUCAUUUACAUCUCGACCAUGCGGGCGGCUUGGACGAAUUCCUUGACAGAAAGGACGUUGAAAUUUGGGUCCACGACAGAGAACUCAGGUCGGCUUUCUGGUCUGUUGCGACGGGUGCAGAUGUGGGCGUCUACCUGGAACAUUACCUCAAGUUGAGCUUGAAUUGGAAGACUUUCGACGAACGAACCUUUGAUUUCUGCCAAGGCAUCACCCUGCAUCACUUACCAGGCCAUACUGACGGACUGAUUGGAAUGCAAAUCAACAUGCCAGAAAGUGGUACGUUCUUCUUCAUCAGUGACCACUGCCACGUAAUUGAAAAUUGGCGCGACGGAAUUCCUCAAGGAUGGCUUGCGAGAGACCAUCCAUCAUGGUUCCAAAGCACUCAGCGGCUGAAGCACUUGGAGAGGACGACCAAGGGCCGAGUCAUUCCAGGCCAUGAUAAAGAAACAUACGAGAGUUUGAUCGCCAACGGAAGGUCAUAUACUUGA